AUGUGGCUGGAGGCGCGGCUGGCGCUGGAGGAGCUGCUGGCGCAGGAGCUGCCGGCCGAGGCGCGGAGGCCCGAGCGGAACGCGGCGCUCUUCUUCCACGGGCUGGCCACGCUCUUCCUGCGCUACGUGCAGAUCGCGCGGCGCCUGGAGGCCUGCCACGACCAGGGGGUGCAGCCCCAGAAGCGGCCCGUCCUGCGCCGCCUGCUCGACGGCGUGCUCGGCCGCCUGCUGGAGCUCAAGGAGGAGCUGGUGCAGCUGCAGCUCUCCGAGUACCACUACAUGGACCACGUGCUGCAGGAGCUGCACCUGAGCCCGGCCGACAUGGAGGUGCCCAUCCCCAGGUACUUCCUGAGCGAGCGGGCCAAGGUGCUGCAGGAGCGCCAGGAGCUGCUGACCCGGAUCCUGGCCCGGGUGGCGCCCAGCAAGGCCGCGGCGCCGGCGCGGCCGUCGAUGCCGCGGGAAGAGGCGGUGCGGCUGAUCCAGGCGGCGGAGCGGAUGCGGCAGGGGCGCCUGCGGGCCCGCUUCAUGUGGGAGAUCCGGCGCGACGAGGAGCGCGAGAGGAGGGCGCGGGAGAGCGGCCUCCAGGAGCCCGACCGGCAGCAGGCGGCCGUCUGCAUCCAGAAGGUGUGGAAAGGCUGCGUGCAGCGCCGCCUCACCCAGCUCGCCCGCCAGCAGGAGAUGACCUUCGUCGGCAUGGCGCUGGAGCCGGAGCUGGCGGGCGCCUCCCCGGCCAUCAUUCGGGCGCAGCUCGGGGAAGAGUUCCGGCGCAUGCGCCAGGCAGACUACGAGGCCGAGUACCAGCACGCGCUGGACAGUAUCCGCGACGCCGUCUACGAGGUGGAGGGGCCGAGCAUGCGCGAGGAGCUGAAGCAGCAGCUGCGCCAGUGGUUCAUCGAGUGCCGCGACCUGACUGGCCGCUUCCCGGACUUCCCGGAGGCGGAGAUUGGGGGCUCCAGCGUCCUCUUUGCCCAGAAGAGCCCAGAAGAGGUGAAGGCUGAGCUAGACCUGGCUGAGGUCAAGGUGGAGAAGAAGGACAAGAAGAAGGACAAGGAGAAAGGGAAGGAGGCCCCCAAGGAGGAGGAGGAGAAGAAAGGCAAGGAGAAGAAAUCGGAGGAAGAGGAAGGGCUGAAGCUCUCUCCCUCCAAGUUCUUGACAGCCAUCAACCAAGGCUUCCAAGAGUACACAGCCUUGUGGAGCAACCAGGAUGAGGAGGUGGUCAACUUUGAGCAGCGGUAUGAAGCUGAGCUCAUCCGGUCCCAGAAGCAGAAAGAAGUGGCGGCAGAGAUCCGGCUGCAGGUGGAUGAGUUGAUGCGGGAGGAACUUCAGAACCUGAGACUAGCUGUGGACCUGGAAGGAGGCAAAGCUGAGAAGCCUGCCAAGCCCAAGAGGAGUGCUAAGAAAAAGGGGAAGAAAAGCAAGAAGGAGAAAGAUCUUACACCGGAAAGGACCAUCGACUCUCUUUACGAAGAGCUGGUGUUGCACGGCAUCAUCCAAAAGCCUCCCAAAGUGCAGCUGUCUGACUACUCAGGAGACUUCUGCUACUUGGGGACUGCCUUACGUCAGGCAGAGAUUGAACCAAUACCCUCUACGCUGGAUGUGCGUCAGAACAUAGCUCUGUAUGCCAUUUUGCGUCUUGGCUCGCAGGCUGUGCAGGACUUGGCCCCCCCGCUGAAAUCCAUCCUCCUUGCUGGCCCACCUGGUACUGGGAAGAAAAUGCUGGUCCAUGCUGUUUGCACGGAGACUGGUGCCAAUCUUUUUGAUCUCUCUCCAGACAACGUGGCAGGGAAGUAUCCAGGCAAGAGUGGUCUCCAGAUGUUGGUCCACCUGGUAUUCAAGGUGGCCCGUGCCUUGCAGCCUUCCGUCAUCUGGGUAGGGAAUGCGGAGAAGACUUUUUACAAGAAGGUCCCUAAAGAGGAGAAGGAGCUGGACCCCAAGCGGCUGAAGAAGGACCUGCCCAAGGCGCUGAACCUCCUGGCGGCUGGAGACCGAGUGCUGCUGCUGGGCACCUCCAGCAGGCCCUACCUGGCGGACGUCAAGGCCCUCUGCAAGGCCUACGAGAGGAUCUUGCUCAUCCCCCGCCCGGACUAUGCCUCGCGCUAUGUGACAUGGCAGAGGCUUAUUCAAAAGCACGGCGGAGUCCUUACGGGCUCCCUGGACAUCAGCGCCCUGGCCAAGGUGUCAGACGGCUACAGUCAGGGAAGCCUGCUGAGGGCGGUGAAGGCUGCGCUGAGCGAGAGGCGCCUCCUGCAGCUGCCCAAGCGGCCGCUGGUGGCCGGCGAGUUCCUGCAGAUGCUGGCCAGGGCAGAGCCCAUCUACCCAGAGGAGGAGGAGAUGCUCCAGGACUGGUACACCAAGACUCCCCUGGGCAUGAAGAAGCUGGAGGCUGAGGAGGAGAAACGGAAAGCAGCAGAGCCCAAAGGGAAAGACAAGAAGAAGAAGAAAUAG